UAGAAAUUUUUUUCUUUUUUUGGGUGAAUUUUGUGAGCAAUAGUGUUUGAUCCUGAAUUAUCUUAAUAGUUGGUUGGCUGAUUGAAUGGUUUGAUCUGGCAACUGGGUCUUCUUGGUGCCUACCAGCUCUUUUUUGUGCGGUGAACUGAAUGUGAUGUCAUUCAGAACAAGGGUCUAAUAUGAAUUAAUUCCUGGCACCACAGUGUGAUUUGAAUUCACAAGCUGAAGUUCAUUGCUUCUCUUUCUUCAGAGUCAUAACUACAAUAAAUUAUUCUUGUGGAGUUAGAUAAGAUUCAAUUACCACACAUUCCCAUUUGACCAAUUCAUUUCAUGUUUUAUGGGGGUGAUCAAGGAGAAUAAAACCUGGAGGAAAUGUGUGACCAUUCCCAGAAUGUGAUAUGAGCAAAGAGUACUUGACAAGGCAUAAGGUCUGCUUUGUGGACUGUGUAAGACUCAAUGGAAGUGGUUAUGCUAUGCCCUUACCACAAUGCCUCAAAGAUUUUGUCAGCUAUGAUGGUUGUCCACAGGAUUUGGCAUAUUCUACAAUAUUUGGUCAUCAAAAAAGUAGUUCCUGGAAAUAUUCCAUGGGUUGUCAUUUAAUGUGGUGUUUGGCUGCCAAUUUGGUAAAUCUCAUUCAUUUUAAAUGGUAUUUCUCUAAAAAAGUGCAACAGUUCACAAGCUUUUCUUAACGGUGUCAAGAAUUCUUGAUUCUCGUAUCCAAUGUUGGGCAAGUUUGGAGGGUGAAGUUAGAAAUGAUAGCAUGUUGCCUGCAUCAAAGUAUCUAGACUCCACCCACUGGACAAGGUCAUUAUAUCUUCUCAAUUGAGGGAAAACAAACACUGUACUUUCCGUUAGAGUGAUUGCUGAUUUCUACUUGUUAGGUUUUUAAGUGUUGGCUAAUUCCAUUACAAAGGUUGUAUUCAAAUAUUUGGAUGUAUUUCAUUUAUUGUAAAAGUUAGUCCUAAGCUGCCUUGAAGAUCUCAAGAGAAUUGAAAACUGAGAAUUUCACUCGAACAUUAAAGCAUAGCCCGUCACUCGCUUGAGGCUUGCUUGAGCGAGAUUGCGUUGAUCAUAAUUCUGUUUCUACUUUCAUAAGGGCUUUCAUGACCUGCUUGUACACCUAUAAAAACCAUGCCUUGUAUGGGCUUAAAUAGAGAAAAGUGCUGCUACACCCAUAGAAACACAAAACCUUUGCCUUUAUCUUCCUUCAGCAAGACUGAAAAGCCUUUAUAUUCUACACACUCAUCUUGUGAUCCCAAAGAAAGUGAUUUAGAGGUUGUUUUGAAAAUCCGAGAGCUUUUACAGUGAGUCCACUCCAUCAAAUCUUUAAGGAGGUCCUUGGAGUUUCAAGGGUUCUGGUUCAUGUAGAUGAGGUUUGUUUGUGGAGGAUUUUGACUUUGGAAGAUUCUAGAGGUUCUAUGGUUGUUGCAGUAGGCAGGCAAACAAGUCGUUUCAGAGGUUGCAGCAGAUUCUAGUGCAAAGAAUGUUCAUCAAGGGUAUCCAACUGAAAAUCUAGCACGUUUCCUAAAAGCAAGGGAGUGGAAUGUUCCCAAAGCCCACAAAAUGUUGUUGGACAGUUUAAACUGGAGGGUACAGAAUGAGAUUGACAACAUCUUAGCAAAACCCAUAGGCCCUACUGAGCUGUACAGAGCAGUGCGUGAUUCACAGCUUAUAGGACUGUCAGGUUACUCAAAAGAGGGACUGCCUGUCUUUGCAAUUGGUGUUGGGCUCAGCACGUUUGACAAAGCAUCUGUACACUACUAUGUGCAGUCACACAUUCAAAUCAAUGAAUAUCGGGACCGUGUAAUUUUGCCUUCUGCAUCUAAAAAAUAUGGGCGGCCUAUUACCACUUGUGUAAAAGUUUUGGACAUGACUGGCCUAAAGCUUUCAGCACUGAGUCAGAUUAAGUUAUUGACAAUUAUAUCGACUAUUGAUGACUUGAACUACCCAGAGAAGACAAAUACAUAUUACAUUGUAAAUGUUCCGUAUAUAUUUACAGCAUGUUGGAAGGUUGUCAAGCCACUUUUGCAAGAAAGGACAAGGAAAAAAGUUCAGGUCUUGCCAGGUUGUGGACGAGAUGAGCUCUUGAAGAUAAUGGAUUAUGCUUCUCUCCCACAUUUCUGUAGAAAUGAAGGCUCUGGAUCAUCUCGGCAUUCAGAGAAUGGAUAUGAAAAUUGCUAUUCCUUGGACCAUCACUUCCAUCAACAGCUCUACAACUACAUAAAGCAGCAAGCUUCAAAACGUGAACCUGUUGCGCCCAUAAAACAUGGUUCCUUUCACGUGGAUCUGCCUGAACCUGUUGCAGAAGGAACGGAGAUUGCUAAAACCAUAGAAUCUGAGUUACACAAGUUUGGGAAUGGGAACGGGAUAUCUGGCUCGCUAAAUGGGCUCAAGAUUAACAAUGAUUGAAAUUAUGUAGCUCAAUUUCUUUCAUCAUUUGCAGUGAUACAAGUGAAAAGCCUUGAUGAAUGCCCAUUCACGUUUUUGGAGCUGUGGUAGAAGGCAUAUGGUCUUCCUGAUCCACCAUUCUAGUUAUACCAUAUAAAUGUAAUAAUAGUGGCUUAUGUUAUCCCAAAAUGAAUUCCAAUGGGAAAAUCUAUAUGGUGUAUGUAACUUGACAUAUUGGCUGGAUAAUCAGUUUAUAAGAUACCCUCAGCCUGACAAUUCUCUAGAGAAUUGCAUUUGUAGUUUGCACAGAUUUAAGUCUAAUAUUACUAGGGCAGAAGAAUCUGUUUCAGAAAUUAGCAGUUUGUAGCUUUGACUGUUAACUAUUGGUUUGAUUUA